AAGCAGGUGUGGGCGCCUGUUUGCUGAACCCGGGCUUGGGAUCCGGAGUUGCCGACCCUGAGGCCAAGGAAGCGGGGAGUCUGCACCCCUGGACCUUGACGCCCCCGGGCAAGACGCUUCCCCUCUCCGGGCGCCGGGCCCCUCGCCUCUGACAUUAAAGCUGUUUCUGUUGGGCCAAGUCCUUUGCAGCUCUGGCGCUGAGAUCAGUUGACAUGUUCCCACAACUAGCAGAAUAGUCAUGAGUAGGGGGGCCUUCAAGCAGCCCCCCUCAAAAACACCUCGUCGCCACUCCCAUCCCUUCCCCUUCCUCCCCGCAGAGAAGAGGAGGCGAGAGGCCAUCUCUGCAGCGACCUGCCUGACAGAAGCUCUGGUGGACCACCUCAAUGUGGGUGUGGCCCAGGCCUACAUGAACCAGAGAAAGCUGGACCAUGAGGUGAAGACCCUACAGGUCCAGGCUGCCCAGUUUGCCAAGCAGACAGGCCAAUGGAUCGGGAUGGUGGAAAACUUCAACCAGGCACUCAAGGAAAUCGGGGAUGUGGAGAACUGGGCUCGGAGCAUUGAGAUGGACAUGCGCACCAUUGCCACUGCCCUGGAAUAUGUCUAUAAAGGACAGCUGCAGUCGGCCCCGUCCUAGCCCCUCUCCCCUCCCCCCUACCUCGCUCCUACCCCUCCGCCUCCCCUUGGGGCAGGAGGGAGGCUGGCAGGCCACAAAUAAAACACAAGCCUCAGUUUCUC